AGUUGUAAGCUUUGAUAGGAAAACAGUAAUUUCUCUACCGACAGUGUACACUAGAAACAGUAUUCCAGCAGAAAGAACACAGAUACCAACUCCCGAUGUGGCAAUUAAGUGGGAUCACCUUAAGUCCAUAGCUGAUCAAGUUGUGCCUUACAUGCCUAAUGUUCCUGUAGCAUUGCUUAUUGGAAAUAAUGUUCCUAGUAUCAUCAGACCGAAAGAUAUCAUCGCAGGAGAAGAGGAUCAACCUUACGCCCAGAAGUCUAUUCUUGGAUGGGGUAUUGUUGGAACAAUCUGUAAAACACCAGACAGUGUAAUUUCUCAUCGUGCAAUUUCUUGCAUCUCUAACUCUAACAAUAGCAAAGUGGUUCUGAAUAGGAACUAUAAAGAAGUUAUUUCUCCAGCUAAAGUAAGAGAGAUGAUGGAACUAGAUUUUGAUGAUAAGCAAGUGGGCGUCUCCAUGUCAGUUGAAGAGAGGUUAUUUCUUGAAAUAUUGAGUGACAACAUUUGUCAAAGAAAUGACGGCCAUUACGAAAUGCCAUUGCCUCUACGUGAGCCAUUUGUAAAGUUACCUGACAAUAAACCACUGGCUCUGAAACGAUUCAACGGUCUAAAGAAGAGGUUUGCCAAGCAACCUGAUUUCAAGAAAGAUUACUUUAGUUUUAUGAAGGAUGUAUUAGACAAAUGUGCAGAAAAGGUCCCAAUGGAUAAAGAGGCAAUCAUCGGUAAAAUUAAUUAUGUACCCCACACAGGAGUCUAUCAUCCCAAGAAACCAGGCAUUAUUCUGGUAGUUUUUGACUGUUCUGCAAUCUACCAAGAUACUUCCUUAAACCAAUGUUUGCUUUCCAGACCAAAUCAAAUUAACAGUUUAUUGGGGAUUUUAUUGAGAUUCAGACAAGAACCAGUGGCAGUCAUGGCGGACAUAAAAAGAAUGUUUCAUCAGUUCUUUGUUCGAGAGGCAAAGAUAGGGAUUUAUUGA